GCGCGUGUGUGAGAGUGCGCGUGUGUGCGGGCUCAACUCCACACUUUAAUUCUAGAAAGAGUUCAGGUCCAACGCUGGGGAAGGGCACACCUGGCAAUACGAGGGACGGGGGGCAGAGUGAUGCCAGCUAGCCAAUAACCUCGCAAGGAGAUCAACUUUUGGGAACAGGCUGCGGGAUUAUCAACAGGAGCAUGCUAUUGUGGAAUGGAGUUUAAAUGGAGUGCAACUCCUAAUUCACCAUCGCAACCGCUUCUGGAUAUCUGGGGUAUCGAUGCUCCCUGGUGCACAGCACAUGAAUGAUCGGAUCACUUGGUUUUACAAACACUAAUUUACACGGGGGCAGAUCGUAUUCCAACGUGAUGGAAAGGGAUGGUGCCUUGACUGAAUUGUGCAGAUGAAUUAAAAGAACCCCGGGUCCCCCCCCUACCUACCAGCUAUUCGGAGGCAUUGAUAUUGACCUGGAUCACUGACCUGAAAAUAUUAGGAAACCUCUAAAAAAAAGCCAUUAGGAUCCAUCGGAAAACAGAUCACAUACAGGAAGAAAAUGCCAUUCCACCAUGUGACUGCUGGUUUGUUGUAUAAGGGGAAUAACUACUUAAACCGAUCACUCUCCACAGGCAGUGAUAGCGAACAGCUUGCCAACAUCUCAGUCGAAGAACUAGAUGAAAUCCGCGAAGCUUUCAGAGUGUUGGAUCGGGAUGGUAAUGGCUUUAUUUCAAAACAAGAGUUGGGUAUGGCCAUGCGAUCUUUGGGUUAUAUGCCCAGCGAGGUUGAGUUGGCCAUCAUCAUGCAACGUCUCGAUAUGGAUGGGGAUGGUCAGGUUGACUUUGAUGAAUUUAUGACAAUUCUUGGACCCAAACUCGUGUCAACAGAAGGUCGAGAUGGGUUUCUUGGAAAUACAAUUGACAGUAUAUUUUGGCAGUUUGAUAUGCAAAGGAUAACACUGGAAGAAUUAAAGCACAUUCUGUAUCAUGCAUUCCGCGAUCACUUAACAAUGAAGGACAUAGAAAAUAUAAUCAUCAAUGAAGAGGAGAGUUUAAAUGAAAACUCCGGAAACUGUCAAACAGAGUUUGAAGGAGUGCAUUCCCAGAAGCAGAACAGACAAACCUGUGUACGGAAGAGCCUUAUAUGUGCAUUUGCGAUGGCCUUUAUUAUAAGUGUCAUGUUGAUUGCAGCCAAUCAGAUUCUACGAAGUGGAAUGGAGUAGGCCUUCCAUCACAGCACUGUGAACCUGAAUAAUCAUGCAUGUGCAUGCCUAGGUGAACAUUUUUUUCUCACUUAAUAUAUAAUGGGAACUUUCUGCAGGAAGAUUUGUUCUGCAAGCAAUACAAGGCCAGCACUAUGAAGUGACUUGCGGAACAAGGAAACCUUCUUGGCAGGGACACAAAAGGGCUGUCUUAAUGCUUUAAUGGUUUUGUUUCUUAAUGCAAUAAACACACAGGAGUUCUGAAUUAUAGCUUCAAAGCGAUAAUAUUUUAUAUGUACCCCAUCAGCAUUUACCAGGUAAGAUCUGGGAUACCCAUGAACGUUAGCACUCCAGAGACAUAAAGAAAAA